AUGGAGAAAACGUCUCUCAAGCUUGUCUUCUUGUUCUCCCUCACAGUCAUAGCAUUGUGUUUGUCUUUGAGUGCCGCGAGAGAGAUGGCGAAAGAAGAAGUGAAUUGCAUAGGCGGCCAUUGUCCUGAUGGAAAGAAGGACUGUAACUGCUUGCCUCUUAUAGCACCAACAAUGGACAUAUAUGAGACCAAUGAGUCUUGCCGCACAGAUAACGAAUGCAUCAAGUACUGUCCUAAGGGCUGCAAGAUUGUUGACUGUAAUUUUGGAACCUGUUUGUGUGAGUACUGUUAAAGAAAUUAGAAACCAUCAUAACUUAUAAGAAAUAGAAAAUAUUCUCCUUGUAGAAAAUAUCUCUGCAUCACUCUAUUCA